AUGUCAAGUGAAGUGACAAGAGCUGAAAACGAAUAUUCUAAAAAGACUCAUACACAUUCUAUAUCUGAAAUAACAGACUUAAACGUUAGCCUUGAAAAUAAGGUAGAUAAGGGACUUAUGGCUAGUGUGUUAGUGAAGAAGGCGGAUAAGGAAUAUGUGGAUGAAAAAGAUAAAGAAAUUAUAGAAAGGGUUGACUGGUACCAUGAACGGACAUCGAAGAUUUUAAAAACUAAAGCCGAUACAGGAUGGGUUUCAGGAUGUUUAGACCUUAAAGCAGAUAAAACUUAUGUUAACGAUGAGUUAGAGAAGAAAGCAGACAAGAACCAUACACAUACAAGUUUUACAACUGUUGCUAUAGAAAGUAUUGAAGGAACGGUUGAAGAAACUGGUGGGGAUGCAAUAUAUUGUAAACCUCCUAACUUUCCACAAGGUUUAACAUCGGAUGACGACAUAACGACGAUGAGAAACAUUAGAUGUAAAGAUGUUUAUGUCAUGAAGGAUGAACAUAAUAUUAAAUUCACUGCUCAAGAUUUAUAUGACAAGAAAGCAGACAAAACAGAGCUUCAAACAUUAAAGACAGAAAUGCUUCAAACAUUAUAUCCUAUAGGCUCUAUUUAUACGUCAAUGAACUCUACCAGACCAGAAACAGUUUUAGGUUUUGGAACUUGGACUCAAAUAGUCGACAGGUUUUUGUAUUGUGCAAACUCUUCAAAGGAAACAGGUGGAAGUAAAACGAUUUCAGGUGAAAACUUACCUGCGCACAGUCACUACAUAGAUUUAAGUACAUCUCAAGCAGGUUGGCAUAAGCAUAGAUAUUGGGAUUGGUCAGCAAUGAUAAAAGGUAAAGGAUAUGAUGUUAAAGACAACGUUAAGUUUGCUAUAGAUUGUUACUGGAGUAACACUGAGGGAGGAGGAAACCAUACACAUCGCGUUUCAGGAUAUACGCAAACAACGGGACAAAGUAAAGACUACAUGCCACCUUACAUGACAGUUUACGCAUGGUAUAGAAAUGCUUAG